AUGGCCAUCAUCAACCACGCCCCAGCACACGGCGUGACCGCCGCCAACGAGAAGAAGGAUAUCGUAGACGCGAAUUAUGUGGAACGCGUCGAUACUCAUGAAGAUCUUUCUCUGGCCAAGGUAGAGGCAGAUGCGGAUCUUGACGCUUUCGGCGCUCGCAGCAAAACCAAUCCCGAGGAGAUUGCUCUUGUUAAGAAGCUCGAUCGCACCAUCCUCCCUAUGCUUUGGAUCAUGUACUUCUUCAACUUCCUGGACCGCAACGCCCUUGUCAACGCCAAACUCAACUCGUUAGAGAAAGAUCUUGGCCUCAAGGGUACACAGUACAACACACUAAUCUCCAUCCUGUUCGUGGGCUACAUCGCCGGGCAGAUUCCGUCCAACAUGAUUCUUAACCGAGUGCGCCCGUCAUGGUACUUGGGUGGCUUCUGCAUGGCCUGGUCAAUAGUCUGCCUCUUGACCUUCUUGGCCAAUGAUUUUGGCAGUAUGCUGGCCUGUCGCUUUAUGCUCGGCGUCACGGAAGCUCCCUUCUACCCCGGUGCUCUUUUCCUCUUGUCGCUGUUCUACACCAAGAAGGAGAUCGCCACCCGCAUGGCUAUCUUCUACACUGGCAAUAUGAUUGCUUCGAGUUUCGCCGGUCUGAUUGCUGCUGGUGUCUUCGCCGGGCUUGAUGGCACCCAUGGUCUCGCAGGUUGGCGCUGGCUCUUCCUCAUCCAGGGCGCUCUCUCCAUUGGCAUUGCAUGCAUUUCCUUCUUCAUGCUUCCCGACCACCCCCUGCAGACCCGCUGGCUCAGCGAAUCCGAGAGGCAACUCGCUCACAAGCGCAUCGCCGCCGACACCACUCAGCGUGAGGAGGCUACCAGUGUGUGGGUCGGUCUGCGCCAGGCUCUGGCCGACUGGCGCACAUGGGUCUUCUGCCUGAUGUACAACACCCACAUCUCGUCCGUCAGCUUCCAGUCGUUCCUGCCCACUGUCGUCAAGACGCUCGGAUACAGCACCACGGUCACGCUUGCGCUGACCUGCCCGCCCUACCUCCUGGCCGCUGCAAUGGCCAUCAUCAUGUCUUACACCUCCGGACGCUACAACGAGCGCACCUGGCACAUCACCAUCUGCAAAUCCAUCAUCAUCGCCGGCUUCAUCAUUCCCGCCGUAACCACCAACGUCCCCGCCCGCUUCGUCGCCAUCUUCAUCUUCGUCACAUUCUCGUUCGGCAUCAACAACAUCAUGCUGGGCUGGACGAGCGUGACGCUGGGCCAGACGCCCGAGAAGAAGGCCGUUGCGCUCGCGCUGUGCAACUCGCUGGGUAACAUGAGCAGCAUCUACACGCCGUACCUGUGGCCGUCGACCGACAACCCCCGGUUCCUCAAGGCGUGGAUGGCGAGUAUCUCGUUCUCGUUCGUGGCCAUCGCCGCCGUGUGGUUGAUGCGCUUCAGCCUGCAGCAUAAGAACAGGAAGAUGAGGCAGAGCAACCCGGAGACCAUGGUCUUCUACGUCUACUAG